AUGAGCGCGUGCCACUACAUAGAUGUGCGCUCCGGGGACUCCCGCGGUGAAGGGUCGGCUCUCCCUCUCCGGUCCGUGUGUGCCCAGAUGCUGGAGAGAGCCUCGUCCGACGGCUCCGUGGAGCGCUGGUACAAGGAGGACAAGCUCCCGCAGAUCGUGGGCCUGCGGGGGCGGGCGUGGAGCGGCAUCCCGCAGGAGGAGAUGACGGAUGUCGAGGAGGCGCAGCUGGCCCGACUGAGGUGCUCGAGGGGCUACGAUGCCACGAGGUCUUGCUUCACCUACCGCAAGGAGGUCAAGGAGCUCCUGCGAGGCGGGUUCGAGCAGGAUGCGAACUUCCGGGACUACGACCUGAAGGCCUCCUUCCCACGAGCCUUCGCCGCGCGGCACCCCGAUGCAACCUCCGUCCGGUCUUGGGUGGAUGGAUCCUUUGACUUGUGCGGGAUGUCGCGCGACGUGGCAAAGUCCUUCAUCAACCAGUGCUUCGGCGUGGGGGAGAAGGGCAUCGCAGACUGGUGCCGGCAGCAUGGGUACGGCGAGCUGCCGAUUCCCCUCCAGCGCUACCUUGCGGACGUCCGGGAGGGUUCGAGGCGAGACGUUGCCAACAACCCCGCCGUGGUGGAGAAGCUGCGUGCGGCGGGGCGCUUCGACCGGGACCUGCAGAACGGCGUCGUGUACGUGCUCAACACCGCCCACGAGCGCGAGCUGCUGGAGGAGGGCGCGGAGCGAGUCCGGCGCCUGGCGAGGGUGCGCUGCUUCGAGCUGGACGGCUUCUUCCUUGAGAGGCUCGAUGCUUCGUGGGACGAGGUGGAGGCUGCGCUGGGUCCGCACUUUGCCCACAAGCCGUACCGGCACCGGGCCUCCCUCCUGAAGGGGCUCAUGAGCCCACAUGAGUCCCACAUCCACAUGAGUCCAGAAGGCUCCUAUCGUCACGGCGGGGCCACGCGUCCGGGGUUGAAGUCCGGACGGCCAAGGGCACAGGCGGGCGGGUGA